AGUUAGUAUGACACUUUGAUACUUUGGUUUCUGGUCGGUGGUUUGAUAGGUGCUAGAAAAUCCAAGAAUCCAAGCAAAUCCAAGGACCAAGAUCACUAUCAUAUCAUAUCACUGGUUUUGCAGAACAUGAUUGUGAGUUUUCAUUUUUGAAGAUUGGAGACCAAGUAUUAUCAUUGAGUCACUGUAGUGGAUUACAUUCGCGAGCUUGCGGCGGGCCCGUGGCGCGCCGAGUGAGAAUGUCGAUCGUGGGGUCGGGUGUCGACGGGCUGGGCUGAGCGGCAGCAUGUACGAGGGCUCGUGCGGCGCGGCGGCCGCGGGGCAGUGCGGCGCGGCGCAGCGCGAGGGCGAGGCGCCGCCGCGCGAGGCGCCGCCGGCGCCGCCGGAGCGCGACUACAGCGGCUUCGACAUCGUCAAGGCGACGCAGUAUGGCGCCUUCGCGCGCGUCAAGGAGCUGGUGGAGGCCGGCUGGGACGUCAACCAGCCCGACCACGAGACCGUCACGCUGCUGCACUGGGCGGCCAUCAACAACAGGCGGGAGAUCAUCGCGUUCCUGCUGGAGCGCGGCGCGCGCGUGGACGCGCGCGGCGGCGAGCUGCAGGCCACGCCGCUGCAGUGGGCGGCGCGCCAGGGCCACCUGGAGGCCGCCGUGCUGCUGCUGCGCGCGGGCGCCGACCCCGCGCUGCGCGACGCCGAGGGCUGCGCCGCGCUGCACCUGGCGGCGCAGUUCGGCCACACGGCCGUCGUGGCCUACCUGGUGGCGCGCGGCGUGCCGCCCGACGCGCCCGACGCGGGCGGCAUGACGCCGCUCAUGUGGGCGUGCUGGAAGGUCGCGGCCGUUGACCCCGCGCGCCUGCUGCUCACGCUGGGCGCGUCGCCGGCGCCCGCCGACCGCGCGCACGGCAACACGGCGCUGCACUGGGCCAUCCUGGCGCGCAACGCCACGGCCGUGUCCACGCUGGUGCUGUACGGCAACGCCAGCCUCGACGUGCCCAACCUGCGCGGCGUCACGCCGCUGGCCAUGCUGCAGGGCCAUGCCGAUGCGCUGUGGCUGGGCGCCAAGGUGGCCGAGCGCGUCAAGGAGCACGCCGCGCUCGCCUCCAAGAGGAACGUGUUCCGGAGGCUGGCCUACGACAGAAAGUUCCGCUGGUGGUGCGUGGUGAGCGUGCCGUUCCUCGCCUUCUACCUGACGGGGCUGGUGCUGGAGGCCGACGCCGCCUACGUGCUGAAGGCGCUGCUGCUGACGGCGCUGUUCGCGCUGCUGCACUGCCUCACCAACGCGCUGCUGGACGACGAGCUCAAGAACAUCUUCCCGCUCAGCGUCUACCUGGCCACCAAGCUGUGGUUCUACAUCACGUGGGCCGUGUUCGUGGCGCCCGUCGUGGGCGCCGCGCCCACGGCCGCCUUCCUGCUGUGCUCGCUGGCGCUGUGGUACACCUUCCUGCGCUCCUGGCGCUCCGACCCCGGCGUCAUCCGCGCCUCGCGCCAGGACAAGCUGCGGACCAUCGUGGAGCUGUCGGAGCGCGGCGGCGCGGACGGCGGCGGCUUCGAGCCGGCGCGCUUCUGCUCCGCGUGCCUGCUGCGGCGCCCGCUGCGCUCCAAGCACUGCUCCGUGUGCAACCGCUGCGUGGCCAAGUUCGACCACCACUGCCCCUGGGUCGCCAACUGCAUCGGCGCCGGCAACCACCGCUACUUCGUGGGCUUCCUGGGCAGCCUGCUGCUGAUGUGCGGCUGGAUGCUGUGGGGCGUGUGGCGCGCGCUGGAGGCGCGCUGCGCCGGCGCGCCCGCCACGUGGCCCGCGUGCUGCCCGUGGCUGGCGUGGGUGAUGCUCAACGCCGCCUUCCACCUGUUCUGGGUGGCGGUGCUGGCCGGCUGCCAGCUUUACCUGGUGGUGUGCCUCGGCAUGACCACCAACGAGCAGCUGAACCGCGCGCGCUACCGCCACUUCCAGGCGCGCGGCGGCCGCUCGCCCUUCACGCGCGGCCCGCUCAACAACCUGGCCGACUUCCUGGGCUGCGGGCUGUGCGGGCUGCUGGCGCCGCGCGCGCGCGACUGGGCGGCGGCCGGCCUGGACGACGACGCGCAGCACUACGUGUGAGCGGCGGCCGCCGGACGAGCUGGCCGACUUGCUGGGCUGCGGGCUGUGCGGGCUGCCGGCGCCGCGCGCGCGCGACUGGGCGGCGGCCGGCCUGGACGACGACGCGCAGCACUACGUGUGAGCGGCGGCCGCCGGACGAGCUGGCCGACUUGCUGGGCUGCGGGCUGUGCGGGCUGCCGGCGCCGCGCGCGCGCGACUGGGCGGCGGCCGGCCUGGACGACGACGCGCAGCACUACGUGUGAGCGGCGGCCGCCGGACGAGCUGGCCGACUUGCUGGGCUGCGGGCUGUGCGGGCUGCCGGCGCCGCGCGCGCGCGACUGGGCGGCGGCCGGCCUGGAUGACGACGCGCAGCACUACGUGUGAGCGGCGGCCGGCGGACGAGCUGGCCGACUUGCCGUACCGAAUAGUGCUAUUUUUGUAAUUAAGUAAUGAUAUUUUUUGUACGUAGUGUACUAAAGUCUCCUCUUUGACAUUCACUAUUUUGUAAGCAGUGUGUUUUGCGGAUGGAAGAGGUGAAAGAAUCUGAAGCUGCUCCACUCACACGGCGCGUGACGUCACGAGCGAUCCCAGUGUGACUCGUAUCCGGCGCCGAAACGAACUGCCCCUCUAUGCAGCGGUGCAGGUGACGCGCGAGGCUGUGUGCGUGUGUGCGUGUGUGCGUGUGCGUGUGUGCGUGCGUGUGUGUGUGUGACAGAGUUGCGAGUGUGAGCGAACACAACGGUUGCAGACAAGAAGUAGUCAGUAUUAGCACGCAUAACUCGUGAGAGUGCUCGAUGUAAAUAUUUUUAAAAUAAAUUUGAUCACAAAUGUUUAUACCUUAUCUUUGUAUGAUACUAGAUGUAUGCUUCAUAUCGGUUAAAUAAUGCGAAUAAAAUAUUCUAAACACUUA